CUUUGACUCGGACUACCGGUGAACCACAGCAGAGAGUAACUGUAGAAAUUUCACACACACACGCAGCUGUUUAUCCAUAUAGUCUGUCUCAUGUAUGUAUAUGUUCUGAUGUUCUUGGAGUUGUAAAUAAGGCCAAAUUAGACACGUAAAUAUUGGAAAAAAGGAAACGGGCUUUAAGGAUUGAGCUCCACCUCAGCACACACUCCCCCUCUGCUUUGUCUUGAAGGCGUGAUUAUGUGUUCUGAGAAUCCAAUUAUUGAUUACUCGAGCAUGGGUUGAUUGUAUUUGAAGCCAUUUCUGGGUUGUUUUGCUUUUCUUGGAAUUCAGCACACUUAGGUUUUGGGAAAAGAUCAUGACCCCAGGAGGUAGCACCAUUGGGGAAAUAAUGGAGUCCCGCAAUGUCGAUUAUGAUAUUGCACCUGAGAUUGUUGAAUACAGAAGGUCUCCUCGUAGGAAGUUUUCGACUCUUAAUGGUGCAAAGCGCGGCAUAGCAUCAAAUACUGCUGUGCAUGAACUACUUGAAUGCCCUGUUUGUAUGGAUGUUAUGUACCCUCCAAUUCACCAGUGCCCAAACGGCCAUACUUUAUGCUCGAAGUGUCAGGCGAAAGUACGUUGUUGCCCAAUUUGCCGUCAUGAACUGGGGAACAUAAGGUGCUUGGCACUUGAGCGAGUUGCAGAAUCACUUGAACUGCCCUGCAGAUACCAGAUUCUCGGCUGUCAAGAUAUUUUUCCCUAUCAGAGCAGGCUGAGGCAUGAACAGAAUUGCACGUUCCGUCCCUACAGUUGCCCUUACGCCGGAGCUGAAUGCCCUGUCACGGGUGAUAUCCCGUUUCUUGUUGCACAUCUCAAGAGUGACCACAAGGUUGAUAUGCAUGAUGGUUGUACUUUUAACCACAGAUAUGUCAAGUCCAAUCCGCAUGACGUUGAAAAUGCAACAUGGAUGUUAACUGUAUUCAACUGUUACGGCUACCAGUUCUGCCUGCACUUUGAGGCCUUCAAUCUAGGAACGGCUCCCGUAUACAUGGCGUUCAUCCGGUUCAUGGGCGACGACCUUGAAGCAAGAAAGUUCAGUUACAGCUUGGAAGUCGGCUCAAACGGCAGAAAGCUGACAUGGCAAGGAGUUCCUCGGAGCAUCCGGGACAGUCAUACAAAAGUCCGAGACAGCAUGGACGGGCUGAUCAUCCAACGAAACAUGGCCCUCUUCUUCUCUGGAGGCAACCGGCAAGAGCUGAAGCUGAGGGUCGCCGGACGAAUAUGGAAAGAACAAACAUAAGAAUAAACAACAAGCAUACAUGUGAAUGAAUCACUGUAAAUGAAUUAAUUACAUGAUGAUGUGGGCUGAUUUUCAGUAGACUUAGCUCUACAGACUGAUUUAACAUAAGAAGUUGGUCUGUAGAAUUGCUCUGGUUAACUGGUUCUUGUGUGGAAGAUGUAGUUAUCAAAUGUUGUUCCAUAAAUUGUGUUAUAUGUGAAAAAUGGAGAAAAGGUGAAGUUGAGCAGAUGUUCUCUUGUCCUUCUUCUGCCUGCAAAUUGCUCAGA